GGCAACGCUGGUGCGCCGCGCACAACCGCGGCCGAGGCCGCCACCACUCGCGUCGACGACCAAUAAUCGCCGGCACCAAGUGCGCCCUACAUUUUGGCGCGCAGACCGGACUGUGGCACGGUGACCAUCACGAGCUGUCGAGCGCUAUAUAAACACCAACAUGGCCAGGGCCACUCCUUGGUGCUAGAUCGAGGUGGGCGAGCUUGCGGUGCGCCGGCGGCGGCGAGCCAUGUCUCGUCGGCGGCCAGAAAUGGGUAUCUUGCUCGCCAGGAGUUUGGCUCUUCUCGCUCUCCUCUGCCUGCUUCUUCCGUGCCAUGGGAAGCUCUCGACCAAGUUCUACGCCAAGUCGUGCCCCGGCCUGGCCACCAUCGUGCGGUCGGCGAUGGCGCAGGCCGUCGCCAAGGAGCCCCGGAUGGGCGCGUCCAUCAUCCGGCUCUUCUUCCACGACUGCUUCGUCAAUGGGUGUGACGCGUCCAUCCUUCUGGACGACACGCCGACGUUCACCGGCGAGAAGAACGCCGGCGCCAACGCCAACUCCGUCCGCGGGUACGAGGUGAUCGACGCCACCAAGACGCAGGUCGAAGCCGCCUGCAAGGGCAUCGUCUCGUGCGCCGACAUCGUCGCCCUGGCAUCUCGCGACGCCGUGAACUUGCUCGGGGGCCCGACGUGGAACGUGCAGCUCGGCCGGAAGGACUCGCGCACGGCGAGCCAGAGCGCCGCCAACGCCAACCUCCCGGGCCCGGGCUCCAGCGCGGCGUCCCUCGUCUCGGCGUUCGCGGCCAAGGGCCUCUCGGCGCGCGACAUGACGGCGCUCUCCGGCGCGCACACCGUGGGGCGGGCGCGCUGCCUCUUCUUCCGCGGCCGCAUCUACACGGAGCCCAACAUCAACGCCACCUUCGCGGCGGCGCGGCGGCAGGCGUGCCCGCAGACCGGCGGCGACGGCAACCUCGCGCCGUUCGACGACCAGACGCCGGACGCCUUCGACAAUUCUUACUUCAGGAACCUCAUGGCGCAGCGCGGGCUGCUGCACUCCGACCAGGAGCUCUUCAACGGCGGGCCGACGGACGCACAGGUGAGGAAGUACAGCGGCAAUGCCGGCAUGUUCGCCACAGACUUCGCCAAGGCGAUGGUGAAGAUGGGAGGCCUUAUGCCGGCGGCCGGGACGCCGACAGAGGUCAGAUUGAACUGCCGGAAGGUGAACUGAGAAUUAGUGGCUGCGUUAGUCAAGUUUCUUUUGUUUCUAUAAGAAGAAAAGUCGUUUUCCUGGAAUGGUGAGUGCAACUCUUCCACUCGGGUGAUCAAGCGAAGAGCUGCAGGCUGCUAAAAUUCUGUGCUUGCUCGCCACAAUCUUACAGAGCAGGCCAUAAGGAUGCAACAACAUUGAAAGGAAUAUAAUUGCAGUUGUAUGAGUAAAUUUAUCACGGUAUUUUAGAAGCAAUUCACACAGGUUGCAUUGUCGUAGAAAAGGAAAGAAGAAAAUAAACAAAAAAACAUUUACGUGUGAGUAGGGGGAGAUCCUCACAUCUUGAAGAAUGAGAAAGAAAGCUCAAUGCGCAGUCAGGGCGUUGUGCCCUUAAGCAA